UUGAGCGGUGGGGUUAGCAGGCUGGCUCUAAACGUCACCAGACAGCCAGCGCUUCCUCUCCGCUCCUCACUACUGCCCGUCCCCUCGUCCUGGCGGCAGUGGGCAGAGGGAAGCGGGGACUGCGCUGCUCUCAUGUAGCUUGGCAGGGUUCUGCUCUCCCGAGGAGAUGAUGGAGUUCUCCAGCUGCCGCACUGUGAAGGUCAUCGUGCUCGGAGACUCAGGAGUCGGGAAGACCUGCUUAACCUACCGCUUCUGCACUGGAAACUUUCCCAGCAAAACAGAGGCGACCAUCGGCGUCGACUUUCGGGAGAGAGUGGUGGACGUGGAAGGAGAGAAGCUGAAGUUGCAGUUAUGGGACACAGCAGGUCAAGAGCGUUUCCGCAAGAGCAUGGUACAGCACUACUACCGCGAUGUACACGCCAUCGUCUUCGUCUACGAUGUCACCAACGUGGCUACAUUCCGCAACCUGCCCAUGUGGAUGGAAGAGUGUCGGCAGCACUCGCUUGGACACGACAUACCCAGAGUUCUUGUUUGUAACAAAGCUGACCUGGCCACUUCUUCAGGGUCCUCCAUGACCUUAGAGCAGGCAAGGCGUUUAGCUGAUGUCCAUGGAAUGUCCUUCUACCUGUGCUCAGCGAAAGGGGACAGUAAACCACAGGUGGAUGCUAUCUUCAUGAGUCUGGCCCACCAGCUGAAGAGGCAGGGAGGGUGGAGAAGGAAAGGCCCGUCAGUGGCUGGAAGCUUUAAGCUGCCCACAAAAGCCAAUGCGGAGAGAGACGCCAAGGAGAAAUGGGCUUGCGGUUGCUGACGGAAACAUAAAAAAAUGAAACAGACGUGAGCUCACAGGCAUAAUCUCACACAAGAUCCACAGAAAAUCACGGUUGUGAUCUAUGAAUGACCCCGUCACUAAUUUACUGAAGGGAGUCUAAUUCUAGAGCAUCGGUCUUUCCAGGCUUUCAGCUGCAAAUGCAGUCCAACCUGUUUCCCUCCUAUAACUAAGACGGCAUCAGAAAGACUAUAGGACGGUAUGUAUGUCAUUAGGGUUAGAGCUGAAGUAGCAUUUAGGAGGACGAAUGCUGCAGCCUUUGUUUAAGUGGUCACCUCUGAAAGAUCUAGCUUUGGAAUUUUAUGACUGAAGGGGAAGACAUUCGGUGUGUUUUUACAGAAGUGUUCCUGACACUUCACACCACAAAGACUGUUGUUUAACAAAGGAGCUGAACGCCUGUACAACCACAUAAAGUCAUAAAAUUCCCCCUUACCUUCGUCCAGCUGCUGCUGUCAGCAUGGUGAAUAACUUCAUGGACUGAAGUUGGCUUUAUUCUGUUGUACUUCACCCACUUAAGUAAAAGUACAGUUUCGUGCAAAAGUUUGAACACCCCAGGUCCAAUUGCACAUUUUGUUCAUUCAUUUGAAAAUAAGUUGAUGCAUCCUCAACAGGAUGUGAUACGGAUUUUUCUUUGUGCAAACUGGACUGCACUGUUUAUUUAUUUAUUUGUUUGUUUGGUGAGUUUAACAAACUGGAAAACAAGGUGCUCUGACUUUUGAACGGCAUUUGAGCUGUGUUUUCUUUUUUGUUAAAUUCAGCAAAUAAACAGUAAAUAUGCAGUACUGUGUGUUCGGCAGAGGAUGCAUUAAACUUGUUUUCACUGAAACAUGUUCUACCAUGGGCGCCCAAACUACUGUAUGCUUCCCAAAUUGUAACAGAGUAUGAAAUGAAUGCGUGGCAUGACGCUCAAUGACUUUAAAUCAAAGUGUUGGAAGGCUAGCUCAGUCUCUUGACCGGUCUCUUGUCUCAGUCUGUUGACCUGGGAAUAAAAUAUCUAGAUAUUGCUGA